CAUCGCGGUAGCGAAUGGGGCAUUGGUUUUGACAGUAAUUUUUUUUUUUAAAAAAAACUAUACAUAUAUGAAAUUAUAUAAGGGCAACCUAAUGUUGGAUACUCGAGAGCAAUAAACACCGGGGAUCUAUUCUAUAUCUGUUUACAGCGGGGUAACCAGUUUCCCUUCGGAGAUCAACAGAACACUUCACCAAUGAGGUCCAAAGACCAGAUGAAAGAGGACUGAAAGAAUUCUUCCUCAGUCCACAGACCUUCCUUGGUGGGGCCAAGGAUAGCAGAGGGGCAGAGCACCUUCUUCCAAUUCACCCUAUUUCUUUUGUGUGUGGUCCCACGAGCGUUCAAAACUGUUUCUCCAAAGGUUUUUCCAGAAACUCAGACUGUUUUCCAAAGCAGAAGCACAGCCAUCCCAGGCAGACGCGAUGGGAAGCGUGCGAGCCAACCGCUACAGCAUCGUGUCGUCUGAAGAAGACGGGAUGAAGCUGGCCACCAUGGCCGUGCCCAACGGCUAUGGAAACGGCAAGGGCAAAGUUCACACGCGGCACCAGAGCCACAGCCGCUUCGUCAAGAAAGACGGCCACUGCAACGUGCAGUUCAUCAACGUGAGCGAGAAGGGCCAGCGGUACCUCGCUGACAUCUUCACAACCUGCGUUGACAUCCGCUGGCGCUGGAUGCUGGUCAUCUUCUGCCUUGCCUUCAUUCUUUCCUGGCUCUUCUUUGGCUGUGUCUUCUGGCUAGUGGCUCUGUUCUACGGCGACCUGGACAAUAACACUCAGAAAUGUGUCUCCAACGUAAGCAGCUUCACAGCGGCUUUCCUCUUCUCCAUCGAAACGCAAACAACAAUAGGGUAUGGUUUCCGUUACGUAACAGACGAGUGCCCUGUUGCCGUCUUCAUGGUGGUCUUUCAAAGCAUAGUGGGCUGCAUCAUUGACGCCUUCAUUAUCGGAGCCGUCAUGGCCAAGAUGGCCAAACCCAAGAAAAGGAAUGAGACCCUAGUCUUCAGCCACAAUGCCACUGUAGCCAUGCGGGACAAUAAACUGUGCUUGAUGUGGCGUGUGGGCAACUUGAGGAAAAGCCACCUGGUUGAGGCGCAUGUGAGAGCACAGCUUCUUAAGUCCAGGACCACAGCUGAGGGGGAAUAUAUCCCCCUUGACCAGAUGGACAUUGAUGUAGGCUUUGAUAGUGGCAUUGACCGCAUUUUCCUGGUGUCACCCAUCACCAUUGUCCACGAGAUUGAUGAGGACAGCCCCUUCUAUGACAUGAGCAAGCAGGACCUCGAGACCUCUGAAUUCGAGAUUGUAGUCAUCCUGGAAGGCAUGGUAGAAGCCACAGCCAUGACCACUCAGUGUCGCAGCUCCUACCUGGCGGGAGAGAUCCUCUGGGGUCACCGCUUUGAGCCAGUUCUCUUUGAAGAGAAGAACUACUACAAAGUAGACUACUCACGCUUCCACAAAACCUAUGAGGUUCCCAGCACACCUCUUUGCAGUGCCAGGGACCUUGCCGAGAAGAAAUACAUGCUACCCACUUCCAACUCCUUUUGUUAUGAAAAUGAGGUGGCACUCCUGAGUAAAGAGGAGAUGGAGGACAUCGGAGGCAGUUUAGGGCCUGAAGGCACCAACACUGACACAAUCUCAGAAACAGACCACAAUCAGGCCACUAUGCCUCUAGAGCCCAGACCUCUGAGACGUGAAUCAGAAAUAUGACUGUAUAACUUUUGGGAAUAGGGUUUGCAGAAAUCUCUUUUUCAAAAGGCACAUUGAGCUGAACUGGGCCCAAAAACGGAAAUCCAGUUUCAGCAGACGGUACUGCUGUGAGUAGUUUGGAUUGAGGACUAGAAUAGGAUUUCUUUUUCUUAAAAAAACAGACACACAGACAACAUUAUGAGCUUUCUGAUAAAGAAUAUGAAAGACUGCCGGAUGACACAGUGACAGUAUUUAAUUCUAAGUGAAAUGACUAUACUUCUGUGUGUAUCAAAAGGUGGAAAGGAUUAAGGUUGAAAAUGGAUGUUUUGUGUUCAGAGGUUGAAAACUGCAGUCAUGUCUCUGGGUAUCUGUCCAGAAGAAACAUGAGAACAACAAGAUGGGUUUAGUAGUAUUCAUCUGCUUUAUUGUUUUUAAAGCUGCUAUUAAAAACAUGUUUUACAAUAAAGGCAGGUAAUACUUUUCCCACACACACACAUAUGCACGCCUCUCUGUGUGUUAAAAAUAUAGAAAUUGUACUGAGUAUUGUACAAUUGACUAGAAUUCUCAUUGCCAUCUCCUUUUUUUCCCCAUCUUAAACCAAACAAAUUUGCACAUUUGCACAUAAAAUAGAUCCCAGGCAAGAGAGCUCUGAAGUCUUUGUUAGAAAAUCAAUUAAAAGGAUGUUAGUUGUAGUCCAUUAGAUGUUUUAAGAGUGAGAAAUUUCUUACACAUUUUCCAGUGAAAGCACACUUGGCCCACCACCUGUUGCCUGUCCUCAGCUGUCCUACUCUGUGGGCUGGGCUGGGCUGACCUGGACUGAACUGGUCUGGUCCAGUGUGCAUGCUGAUGAAGCACUGACCGAAUAGGAAGUUUCAUAACGUUUCCCUAGAGACAGGAUCCUGACAGACAAUGCUGAAGAAGAAGAGAAUUAAAAAAAUAAAGAAUACCAUUGUAGUGUUUUAAAUGAAAUCAUUAAGCAAUACUUCCUCUGUGUGGGUGACAUGGAAGCAAUAAGAAAUGCUAAUACUCAGAGCACAUAUAGUCUGUUUUUUGUUCCUGUUGCUGUGCUUUAAUCUUAAUCCUCUGUCAACGAGCAGGUCUCUUAAGGGAACAUUUGUCUGUUGAGCUGCAAAAUCAUCAUAAAAAAUAUGCAAUCCAUGUAAUUAAAUCUUUUGAAAACUGCUGCAGCCACAGCUUUUAAACAGAUGGACUUGUUCAGUAACAUAGCAGCAGCAAACAACAUACAUGUUCAGAGGGGCAAAACAUAUGAGACUGUGCACGUUAAACUGCUGAACCCAUCUUGUUCUUAUCUAAAUAUAGAAUCCCUUUGCAAUAUGAGCCUCUAUCCCUGUCUCAGACCCUCUUUCCAGAAAACCCAGUGGAAUUUCAUUAACAUAAGCAUUGGCUUCUGAUUAGAUAUCUAAACCUGGUCUUGGGUGUUUUUUUUUUAAGUAAAAACACACAGAGGAGCUUGUGAGGAGUCAAAUUAAUAGAGAGCGUGUCUGCUUCUGUUGAAGAAUACAGACAGAAAGUCAAGAAUUUAGGAGUGCAUCAGAAAACAACUGAGCAAAUGAAUGUCAUGAAUUGCUGCUAUACUGCGUGUAUUGUAACGAUAAAAAUAGCUUGAAGCCAAAGAGUAUUCAUUGUGUAGGAAAAAGAAACAAAGUUGAACAUUUUUUAGGAACCAAAAAUCUACACUGACUACAGUCAAGGAGCACACUGAGGCUUUUCAGUCCACAAAAUCACAUGGUUCAUUCACAAUAUCUUUUCAAGUGAGAUGACUAGUUUUGCAAAAAGACAGAUUUUUCUAAAAGUAUAUGUAUAAGUUGAACAAAUAUUUUCAUAUUUAAAGCCAAAUGUAAAUAGGACUGUUCCUUAAAUAGGCAGUUCAUCAUUGCUACAGGUUAGCAACCCUUUUACCUUCUCUUGUCAAGCCUUAUAGGGUCCCUGUUGCUGUGGACUGUGUUUAUUAUCCACGCAUGAUUUUAUUACUCAGUUUGACUAGGUUAAAAGCGAUUUUGAAAAGUGUUCUGGAAUGUUCUUUAUCAAGAAGUUUAAUUUUUUUUAAGCCAAACCCCCAGACUCAUUAACCUUGUGCAAAGCAUUUCAGGCCAGCCCUCUUUCUCCCACAUUACUGAACCUCAUCUGUGGUGCACUUAAGACUUUACAGAUGUGCUAUACACUGCAGGCAGUACCUGACAUUAGCAUUAGUCCUUCCCUGGACACUCGUGACUCGUGGGCUUAGCGCCCACCCACUUCCACACUGAAUAUACUCUCCUA